AGCGGCAACUUCACGUGGUCAUCCAUCUUUUUAGUACUGUCAGACGGUGAGAAUAAUUUUCUCAUUGCAUCGCAUAUUUUGAGGAAAUUUCACAGUCUCCCGGGAUUUUGACACGUAGGUGGUUCAAGCUGGAUUUGUGAACUUGAUCUUAUUCUGAACCGGACUUACUGGAGAGCAGUAGAUGCUACUGUAACGACUUGGAUUGGAAUAGGACUUGUCUCUUCUGAAUUCAGACUAACAAUAGCAACGAUGGAGGAAAUUUCUGGUACUUUGCCGAUGGGUGAACAAUCGGCUGGAUUCAACUAUGAUGACUUAUUCCCGGCUCUGCCCGAGAGCUCAACGCCGGCGAUGCCCGCUCAUAAUUCGACUAAUAUGCGGGUUGGAAGCAGCGUUGUGACUCAAGUGUUCCGUGUUCCGUACAGCGAGCGCAAGUUUGAUUCUGAGAAGUUUGGCGAGGGUGAGUCUCUGCGCACUUGCCAGAACAUCAUGAAGGACACUGGAGCACAUAUUGAGAUCUCUAGUGGGAAGGACUUGUCACUGACUUUCUUGAUAUCUGGAAAGCACUCUGAGGUGUUGGAUGCACGUCGCAAGAUUUUGGUGCAUUUCCAGACGCAGGCGAGCAAGCAAGUGCCGAUUCCGAAGGAGCAUCAUCGCUGGAUUCUGGGCAAGAAGGGCGAGCGUCUCAAGGAACUGGAGAAGGUGACGUCGACGAAGAUCUCCGUGCCGAAUAUUUCGGAUGAGAGCGAACUGAUCACGAUUGCUGGCACGAAGGAGGGCAUUGAGAAGGCAGAACAUGAGAUCAAGACGAUCAGUGAUGAGCAGAGUCGCAAGGCAAUGGAGAAGAUUUCCGUGCCGAAGAUCUAUCAUCCGUUCAUUUUGGGGCCGUUCAGUGAGAACCUCAAUAAGAUGAUCGAGGAGACUGGAGCGCGCAUCAAUGUGCCUCCGCAGUCGGUCAUGAAGGACGAGAUCAUCAUCACGGGCGAGAAGGAGGGCGUGUUUGAGGCGAAGUCGCGCAUUGAGGCGAUCUACAAGGAGAUGGAGAGCAAGUGCACCACUGUGAGCAUGGAAGUGCCGCGCGAGCAGCACAAGUAUGUGUCUGGAAAUCGUGGCUCGACCAUUCAGGAGAUUCUGCAGCUCACUGGUGUGUCCGUUGAGAUUCCUCCCAAUGACUCAACCACGAACACGAUCAUUCUUCGUGGGCCGCAGGAACAUCUUGGUGAUGCCCUCAGCACUGUGUGCGCCAAGGCGAACAGCGUCAAGAGCUUGACCAUUAAUGCCCCGGCAUGGAUCCACAAGUACAUCAUUGGACGCAAGGGAGCCAACAUCAAGGAGUUGAGUGCGGAGUUUGUCAAUGUUCACGUGGAGUUUGGGGACAAUCGCAUCAAGAUCGAGGGUCCACCUGAUCAGGUGAACAAGGCUAGUGAGCAAUUGUCCGCUAUUGUUGACGACUAUGUGAACAAGCUGACUUAUCGCGACAUGACUGUCAAUCCGAAGCACUACAAGCACAUCAUUGGAAAGGCAGGCACCAACAUUAACCGUCUCAAAGAUGAAUUGGAUGUUGUGAUCAACAUUGAGGAGAAGGAUGGCUUGAAUCGCAUUAGGAUUGAGGGUCCGAUUGAUGGUGUGCUGAAGGCAGAGAAGGAGCUAACGGAGAAGAUUGAGAAAUUGGAGAACGAGAAGGAGAAGGACGUGACAAUUGAUCAUCGUCUGUUCCGCACGAUUAUUGGUGCAAAGGGCGAGAACAUUAAGGAGAUUCGCGAGCGCUUUAAGCACGUGCAGAUCAUGUUUCCCAAUCUCAAUGAUAAGACAGACACCGUGAAGCUCCGUGGACCGAAGGACGAUGUUGAUCGGUGCGCCAAACACUUGCUCAAGAUUGUGAAGGACUUGCAGGAGUCGUCAUUCAUCAUGGAAUUGCCGAUCUUCAAGCAGUUCCAUAAGUUUAUCAUUGGCAAAGGUGGUGCGAAUAUCAAGAAGAUUCGCGAUGAGACUCACACGAAGAUUGACUUGCCAGCUGAGGGGGAUGAGAAUGAGGUGAUUAUGAUCACGGGAAAGAAGGAGAAUGUCCUGGAGGCGCGUGACCGCAUCAGGAAGAUUCAGGAUGAGUUGAGUGAUAUUGUGACUGAGGAAAUUGUUAUUCCGCCUGAAUACUACAACUUCAUCAUUGGUGCUGGUGGGAAACUGAUCUCGUCCAUUAUGGAGGAGUGUGGGAAUGUGUCGAUAAAGUUCCCGACACCUGAGUCAAAAAGUGACAAGGUGACCAUUCGUGGACCUAAGGAGGAUGUUCAGAAGGCGAAGCAGCAAUUGAUUGAGAUGAGCAACGAACGUCAGCAGAGCAGCUUCACGGCUGAAGUGAGAGCGAAGCAGCAGCAUCAUAAGUUCCUCAUUGGCAAGAAUGGUGCGUCCAUUAGGAAGAUCAGGGACAACACAGGGGCGCGCAUUGUCUUCCCCACAAGUUCAGAUGAGGACAAAGAGGUGAUCACCAUCAUAGGGCGCAAGGAUAGCGUCGAGGCGGCGCGGCAGCAGCUGGAGUUGAUCAUCAAAGACAUUGACAACAUCGUGGAGGAUGAGAUCAAUGUUGAUCCCAAGCAUCAUCGCUACUUUGUAGCGAAGCGUGGUGAAGUGCUUCAUCGCAUUGCUGAGGAGUGUGGCGGUCUGCUGAUCUCCUUCCCGAGGCCUGGCGUGGACAGCGAUCGUGUAACUCUCAAGGGAGCACGAAAUUGCAUUGAUGCGGCCAAGCAGCGCAUUCAGGAGCUCAUUCACAACCUCGAGAACCAGGUGACGAUUGAAUGUGUGAUCCCACAACGUCAUCAUCGCACCGUCAUGGGCUCCAGGGGGCGAAAGGUGCAGGACAUCACUGCGCGCUUCGACGUGCAGAUCAAGUUCCCCGAUCGCGAGCUCAACAGUGCUGAGUCAAUGACGGAACUGAACGGUGGCGAUGGAGCUGCCGGUGGAAUGCCAGCUGAGGACGGCGGUGUGCGAUCGUGUGACAUCAUAAAGAUCACGGGCAGCAGUGACAAGUGCGAGGCGGCUAAGCAGGCCCUCUUUGAUCUGAUCCCCAUCACACAGGAGAUCAAUGUGAGUUUCGACCUCCAUCGCUCCAUAAUUGGUCAGAAGGGGCAGAGUGUGCGCGAACUGAUGCAUCAAUAUGAUGUGCACAUUGAGCUGUCGCCGCCUGAUCAGAGGUCGGAUGUGAUCAAGAUCACAGGCGCUGCGACGAAUGUGGAGGAUGCCAAGGAGGCGGUGCUGAAGCGUGUCGAGGAAUUGGAGCAGGAUAGGAAGGAUCGUGAGCUGCGAUCGUUCGAGCUGAAGGUCGAGAUUGACUCGGACUAUCAUCCCAAGAUCAUCGGUCGCAAGGGGAACGUGAUCAAUCAAAUACGCGCUGAUCACGGAGUGCAGAUAUCCUUCCCCAAGAAGGAUGAUGUCGCUGAUAAUAUCAUCACUAUCCAAGGAUAUGAGCAAGCGGCCUAUGCAGCCCGCGAUGCCAUCAUGAAGAUCGCUAAUGAUCUCAACAAGCUGGCCAAGGAGACUAUUGAGGUGGAUGUGCGCAUCUAUCCACGCCUGAUUGGGCAACGUGGACGCAACAUCAGGCGCAUCAUGGAUGAGUUUAAGGUGGAGGUGAAGUUUCCGAAGACAGGCGACGCCAAUCCCAACCAAGUAACGAUCGUGGGCAAUGAGGAGGCGGUGGCCGAGUGCAAGGAUUACAUACUUAAUCUCGAGGAGGAGUACCUCCAGGAUGUGGCCGAUGCCCAGCCGGCGUAUCAGCCCAUGAGUGUGAGCGACGUGUUUGAGGAGGCGCUCACCAAAAGUGGCCUUAAUCAUCGCUCCGGCGGCGAAUCUGCUGGCCAGCAGCCGCCCAAGGGGUUUGUGGUGAAGGGGGCGCCGUGGCAGAAGAAGGCGCCCAACACGUCCUCACACGAGGACUUCCCUGACUUCGGGCUGGCCUCCAGUGCUCCGGCCGCCAAUGAUACUCCAACCAUUGCCUCCGCAUGGGGACUUCCGCGCUAAAUGUGGCGGACAAUUCACAAAGAUUCUUUGUGGCGAAAAGGUGCAAAAGAAGAAAAUAAAAGAAAAACAUCAAGGAAAACUUGCAAAUGAAAAAAGUUAAUGCUGAGAAGAAGCAGAGGAAAAGCUGUAUACAAUAAGAUUAGAAAACGGCGCAUGAUGAAUCACACUCUUAGAAGGAUGUUCUAUAGUGAGAGAUGGAAACAUUAUGAGAAAAUUAUAUAUACAUUUAAAGAGAAAAAAAUGAGAAAAACAUAUAUUAGAGGUAAAAUAGAAGAGAUCCCAUUGUGGGUGAACAAUUUUAUUGCUGGGAAGUGCACUAAAAGCCAGCAUUUGAGUUGAGACAAACAAUUGUAAUAAAUUCUUUUUCUUUUUUAA